GCGCGGAUGAUGGCGGCGGUGGCGGCGGCGGAGUCCCGGGGCCGCCGGCCUUGCGCGGCGGCUUCCCGUCCGGGGCCGCGGCCGUGGCUCGCCUCCUUGUCCCGCCGGCCGUGUGUCUUCCCCCUGGGGCAGGGGCUGCUGGGCCGCUGAGGCGUGGGCCGCCGUUCUGCUGCUGCUGCUGCUGCUGCUACGCCCGCGGAUGCCGUCAAGAUGAGUGUGCAGGGCCAAGGUUUCCCUCUGGACCUUGGGGGGAGCUUCACCGAGGAUGCUCCGAGGCCCCCGGUGCCAGGAGAGGAAGGGGAACUCGUUUCCACGGACCUGCGGCUUAGCGGCCACGGGUUCUACUCCGGGAAGUGCGAUGCCAUCAAAACCGAGACUUCCACGGCCACUCCGAGGCGCCCUGACCUGGACCUGGGCUAUGAGCCAGAGGGGAGCGCUUCUCCCACCCCUCCCUACCUGAGAUGGGCAGAGUCUCUGCACUCUCUGCUGGACGACCAAGAUGGGAUAAACCUCUUCCGGACCUUCCUGAAGCAGGAGGACUGCGCGGACUUGCUUGACUUCUGGUUUGCCUGCAGCGGCUUCCGGAAGCUGGAGCCGUGUGACUCCAACGAGGAGAAGAGGCUCAAGCUGGCCAAGGCCAUUUACAAAAAGUACAUUCUGGACAAUAACGGGAUUGUGUCGCGGCAGAUCAAGCCGGCCACGAAGAGCUUUAUAAAAGAUUGCGUGAUGAAGCAGCUGAUCGACCCGGCCAUGUUCGACCAGGCCCAGACGGAGAUCCAGUCCAUGAUUGAGGAGAACACGUACCCCCUCUUCCUUAAGUCGGAUAUUUAUUUGGAGUAUACAAGGACGGGUGGGGAGAGUCCGAAGGUGUACAGUGACCAGAGCUCAGGGUCGGGGACAGGGAAGUGUCUCCCUGGCUAUUUGCCUACCCUUAACGAGGACGAGGAAUGGAAGUGCGACAAAGAGGUGGAGGAGGAGAUGGCCGGCCGGGAGUCUGCUCCCUCCAGCCGGCUCACCCAGAAGCUCCUCCUGGAGACGGCCACGCAGCGAGCCACGUCGUCCAGGAGAUACAGCGAGGGGAGAGAGUACAGGCAUGGGCCUUGGAGAGAGCCAGUCAACCCUUACUACGUCAACACGGGCUACGCCUUGGCACCCGCCACCAGCGCCAACGACAGCGAGCAGCACAGCAUGUCCAGUGACGCCGACACCAUGUCGCUGACAGACAGCAGCGUAGACGGGAUCCCGCCGUACCGACUCCGGAAGCAGCAUCGCCGAGAGAUGCAGGAAAGUGCCAAAGCAAAUGGACGAGUGCCACUACCUCACAUUCCCCGUACUUACCGAAUGCCAAAGGAUAUCCACGUUGAACCACAGAAAUUUGCUGCCGAGCUGAUCAACCGCCUGGAGGAAGUCCUCAGGGACCGGGAGGCGGAGGCCAAGCUGGAGGAGCGCCUGAAGCGUGUCCGAGCGCAGGAGGAGGAAGGCGAGGAAGCCGACAUCUCCUUGGGGGCCCCCCUGGUGGGCCACAAGCUCCCCCUGCCACAGGCCUUGCCCCACUUCGCCCCCCGCUUUGCCGAGAUGCAGCUCCGGGACGCCCACGAGGAGAACCCCGAGAGCAUCCUGGACGAGCACGUGCAGCGGGUCAUGAAGACGCCGGGCUGCCAGUCGCCGGGCCCCGGGCGCCACUCGCCCAAGCCCCGCUCCCCCGAGGGCGGCCUGGCCGGCAAGCUGCACGGCUUCCUGGGGACGGUGCCCCUCGGGCACGGCAAGCACGGGGCCAAGGCGGCCCUCAAGGCGGACGCGGCCGGCCUCCACCACCACAAGCACGUCUACCACCACCACCUGGUCCACCACCACGGGGCGCUCAAGCCCAAGGAGCCGCCCGAGGCGGAGGCCGGCCAGGGCGCGCCAGGACCCUUCGCCUGGAACGUGGACGCGCACAGCUACGCUGCCAAGUCGCGGGCCUAUGGGGAGAGCCUGGGCCCCCCGGAGCCCUCGGCUUAUGGCGGGAAAGCCGGCCUGCUCUCCAAGAGGAGCGUCAAGAAAGCCGAUUUGGGGAAGAGCGACGGCAGUGGCUAUGACGCUCCAGGCUCCUCGGAGGACGUGGAGAAGAACCAGAAGAUCAUGCAGUGGAUCAUCGAAGGCGAGAAGGAGAUCAGCAGGCACAAGAAGACAGGCCACGGCUCUUCCGGGGCCAAGAAGCAGCUGCCCCAUGAGUUGCCCCGGCCAGUCUCUGUGGAGCGCCCCAUGGCCGUCCACCCGUGGGUCAGCGCCCAGCUGCGCAACGUCGUCCAGCCUUCGCACCCCUUCAUCCAGGACCCCACCAUGCCCCCCAACCCAGCCCCCAACCCGCUGACGCAGCUGGAGGAAGCCCGGCGGCGCCUGGAGGAGGAGGAGAAGAGGACGGGGAAGCCGCCGGCCAAGCAGCGGUAUGCCCAAGAGGUGAUCCAGCGAGGUCGCUCCUCUGUCAGGCCGGCUUGCAUGCCGCUGCUGAGUGUGGUGCCCGCCGUCUCCGACCUGGAUCUCUCCGAGUCUGAGGCGAAGGUGCAGAAGAGGCCGGGGGCCAGCUCCGCUCAGCCCUGCGAGAACAUUGUGGUAGCCUACUACUUCUGCGGAGAACCCAUCCCCUACCGCACGCUGGUCAAAGGCCGUGUCGUCACCCUGGGCCACUUCAAGGAGCUGCUCACCAAGAAAGGGAACUACAGGUAUUACUUCAAGAAAGUAAGCGACGAGUUCGACUGCGGCGUGGUGUUCGAAGAGGUGCGGGAGGAUGAGGCCGUCCUGCCCAUUUUUGAGGAGAAGAUCAUUGGGAAGGUGGAGAAGAUUGACUAGCCCAGAGGAGGCCGAGCGAGACGGAAGCAGCCAGAGAUGGGCGGAAGCGCCGGCCAGGGAGGGGGGCAGGGGGGGCACCGGCAGCACUGGCAUCCUUCCACACCCGCUGCCCAGAAUGGCUCUGCCUUCCCCCUGUCUGCCUGUGGGGCGGCCACCAGCCCCCUCAACAUAACGCUUUGCGCAUUAGGGGGCCGUUCACCGAAGCCGCCCGUUUUGAUAUCAUCAGGAACGGGGCGGUCCAGCCCCCCCCCCAAAAGUGAACAUGCUUCCUCUGGGACGGGGAGGGCGACAGCAGCCCCACAGGUGGGGAAGCUCCAAAGGGUGCUUGUUCACCCGUGGAACGAGCUGCCACUUGAUACUUUGCACCUUGCUGCUCUGCGGCUGGCCCCUCCAUCUCAGCCCGCGGCCUUUCCACGCCUUGCUGCCCACCUUGCCAGGUCAGAGGGGUUGGGGAGGGGGGAGUCUUGCGGAGAGAGCAGAUUUCAUCGUCUAGAGAAGGGGCAGCCUGGCAUUUGCUGGGAGGUGGGACGGGACCUCUGGGCUGCCCCUUUGAGCCUCCUCCUUGCACCCCAUAGAUCUGGGUGUAUUCAGUGCCCCUCACCCUGGAUGGUGGCUGCCCCUGCUCUGCCUCCCUGCCGGGGGCAGCCUUUGCCUCCCCACUCCUCCCCAGUUGCCUGAUUCCCCCCCCUGCUGCUCUCCAGGUACCCCUGGGCUGUGGGGGCGCCUGCCCUCGCCAGAGCCCUGCACCUUCUUGCGUACGUCACCGAGUGCCUUCAAACGCCUGUUCUGUUGCCACCCACUGCCCCGGACGGCCUCCUCCCCGGGUCCCGCUUGCCCUCUGUGCCGGCGGGGACCCCGAAGGCCUCGGACCCGUUGCGGGUUUUUCAUUUCCCUUUUUUCCUGAAGGGUUCCCUUGUAAAUAUGUACAUUUUCUAAAGACGGCAUCAGCCACCAGUGGUUGGGCCAGCGGCUGGCAUCUCCCGAACGUUUUUUUCACAUGUUGACUUGUACAAUUUAUCUUUUAAAAGGUACUUGGAUAAUAAUGGAAUAAAAGCCCAUGUUCAGAUGGCA